AUGUGGGAAGCUGCUGGUUCUGAUGCUGGUGUUGCCGAUUUUGUUGCUUCUGCUGCUCCUGCUGCUGCUGCUGCUGCUGCUGCUGCUGCUGCUGCUGCUGCUGCUGUUGCUGCUCCUGCUGCUCCUGAUGCUGCUGCUGUUGCUGCUCCUGCUGCUCCUGCUGCUCCUGAUGCUGCUGCUGUUGCUGCUGCAGAGGAGUCAGAGGAAGCAGAGGAGGAAGAAGAGGAUGAUGAUUUCGUGGAGGAGGGGAAAGGAGAGGAGAAGGAAGAGCAGGAAGAGGAAGCAGAGGAGGAUGAUAAUGACUUGGUGUGCGGCGUUGCAGACGACAUGAGACGCAUGUGGGAGGCUGCUGCUGCUGCCAACGCCGCUGCUUUACGUGAGGAGGAGGCUGAGGAGGAGGACGAGGAAGAAGAAGAAGGGGGUUUGAUUGUAGGUGACCCGGAGGAGAUGAGGCACGUGUGGGAGGCUGCUGCUGGUGCUGCUGCUGAUGCUGCUUCUGGUGCUGCUUCUGGUGCUGCUGCUGAUGCUGCUUCUGCUGCUGCUGCUGGUGCUGCUGCUGCUGUCCGGGGUGCGGGUGGGGAAGAAGAGGUGGAGGAGGAGGAGGAGGAGGAGGAUUUGGUGGUUGGUACUGCAGAGGAGAUGAGACGAGUGUGGGAGGCUGCUGCUAAGGCGAGGCAAGCCAAGAGGCAAGCGCAGUGGCAAAUGGAGCAGCAGCAACGAGUUCUGCUGCAGCAGCAGCGACAGCAGCAGGAACAACAGCAACAGCAGGGGCAGGAGCAGCAACAAGUGCAGCAGCAACAAGUGCAGCAGCAACAAGUGCAGCAGCAACAAGUGCAGCAGCAACGAGUGCAGCAGCAACGAGUGCAGCAGCACAACCAACAGCAGCAGCACCAGCACCAGCAGCAGCAGCAACAAGUGCAGCAGCAACGAGUGCAGCAGCACAACCAACAGCAGCAGCAGCAGCAGCACCAGCAGCAGCAGCACUACCAACAGCAGCAGCAGCAGCAGCAGCAGCAGCAGCAGCAGCAGCAGCAGCAGCAGCAGCAGCAGCAGCAGCAGCAGCAGCAGCAGCAGCAGCAGCAGCAGCGGCGGCGGCAGCACUACCAACAGCAACAGCGGCAGCAGCGGCAGUGGGUGGAAGCUGAGAGUCUUAGCAGUGAUGAGGCCAGCAGUCAAGAAGAGCAUGCUGCUAGCAGUUCCAGCGACCCUGAAUUCGCCUCGUUUGUUGCUGCCUCGUUUGGUGCUGCUUCGUUUGGAGUCAAGGAAUUUGAAGGAGUGAAAGGGGUCAAUGGUGUUCAGCGAGCCAAUGCAGCUAAUGCUACAGCUGAAGGAGCAGAGCAGAGAGCAGAGCAAAGAGCAGAGCAGAGAGCAGAGCAGAGAGCAGAGCAGAGAGCAGAGCAGAGAGCAGAGCAAAGAGUAGAGCAGAGAGCAGAGCAGAGAGCAGAGCAGAGAGCAGAGCAGAGAGUGCAUGGGGUUCAGGGAGGGGGGGCAGUAGGGCCUGGGGUCUGGAAGGGUGGGCAUGGAAGGUUCGACGCAGUUGAUGUUGAUGACUCGGAUCCUAGUCACGGUGACUCAGCUUCGAGCAGCGAUGAGUCAGACGCAUUUACUGGUAAGGCUGGAUUGAACAGCCGUGAUGCAAAUGCAGGUUGCUCUGCUGCCGCAGGAGGUGCGGGGAGUGGUGGGACUGGUGGGGUGGGCGGGGUUGGUGGGGGAGCGGCAGUAGGUAAGGGGAGUGGUGGGACUGGUAGGGUGGGCGGGGUUGGUGGGGGAGUGGCAGUAGGUAAGGGGAGUGGUGCGGCUGGUGCAGGUAGGAGUGGAAGCAGCGGGUCUGAAGGGAGCUUGGAGGCUCGUGUUUUCAGAGCGACUGCAGGCCAGCAAGCCUCUGGUGGAAGAGGGGAGAGAGUUGCAGAUGCAACAGCAGUCAGGGUAUCAGAGAGAGCAGCGGGAGAGGCAGCAGAAGGUGCAGCAAGAGUAGCAGAAGCAACAAUCAUCACAGUGGCAGACGCAGCAGCAGAAGGAAACGAAGGGAAAGCAGGAAGAGAGAUUAGGACAGCGGCAGGAGAAGCUGCAGACACUUCAGUAGCAGCAGACAGAAGAGGGGUAGGAACAGCAGAUGGGGGUGGGGUUGAGGCGGCAGAGAGGAGUGGGAUAGGAGCAGCAGGCAGGGGAGCAGCAGUGGAGAUGGGGAGAGAGGCUAUGCGGCAGAGCGAGGGGUUUCGGAGUAUGGAGGACGAGGAGUGGAGGGAGCGACAGAAGGUGCUGCAGCAGCAGGCAGAGGAGGCUCAGGCUGAGAAGAGACGGAGAAGGGCGGAGCGCGCCGAACGUGAGAGGCUGGAACGAAUGCAGGCUCGGCAACAGAAGCGUGUGGAAGAGGUUCGACAGCAGCAGGAGCAGGUGGAGAAGGCAUCAGGCCUCAAGGAUCAGCUAAGAGCAUCGGUCCAUGCUGACCUUGCCAAGCGCCUGGCAGGGUGCCGUGACUUUGCAUCGGUCCUGGAUAAAAUUGGGAUCAAAGUUGAUGGCAUGCCACAGCCAUCCACUCAGCAGGUUGAAGCAGCUUUCAAGAAGGCGCUGCUUCGGUAUCACCCGGACCGGAUGGCGAGGCUCGGAGCAGGAGCGGACGUUCGGAAGCAGGUAGAGGCAGAGGAGACGUUCAAAAUGAUGCUGGAGAGGAAGAAAAUGCUUCCGCUUGUUGCACCUCCUGCCCCACCUGCCCCACCUGCUGCCCCAGCUUACCCGAAUUUCGGUCUGCCCAGGUAUCACAAGUUUGGUAGGAGACGUUAUUACUACUAA